AUGCACUUUCGGACAUUCCUUGCACAGGCCUUUACGCUUUCGCUGUUUGCGUUACGUGUAUCCGCUAGAUCGGAACUAGACGAGGUCGACGUGACGGAACAAAAGGUAGUGGAGCCCGUACUCAGUGUUUCGGCUGCAUUCCCAUCGGACAAUGCACUUUCGCGCAUCGUCAAUGGCCAACAAAACAUGAUAGAAGUCUUGAUGGAUAACCAUACGCCUAAUGAGGUAGUUCUCAGAUCUAUUUAUGGGUCUUUCCUCAAUCCCAAGACGGGCGCUUUCUUGCGCAAUCUAACCGAGCAAACGUUUGAGCUCCCGGUCGAUGCUGGCCGUGGAAUGAAGAUUCCAUAUAGAUUCCACAGCGAAUUCAAGACGAUGGAGGCCAGGUUCCAAGUCACGGUCACAUACGAGCAAGAGAAAGUCUCAGAUAAAAAGGUUGCAUUCGACGGCCUCGUCACCAUCGUCGAGCCGCCAUUCUCCAUCUUUGACUGGAAGCUUCUCUCCACAUGGGGCUUUGUGUUUGGCCUGCUCGGUGUGGCCAGCUACUUUGCCUAUAUCAACUUUUUCCCGGCUCCCAAAAAGAAGACCAAGGCCAAGGUUGCUGCCCCAACGGGACCUGUGGACACACCAGUGACUCCCGGUUCUGGAGUGUAUUCCGAGGAGUGGAUCCCCGCCCACCACAUCAAAAAGGGUAAAGGCAAGAAGGAUGCGCUGAGCAGCGGGGACGAGUCUGAUGCGCGCCGUCGCAAGCGAUAA